CGCCCUGGGCCAAACAGGAAAGGGCGGGACAUCCGUCCGGGGCGAGCCUCUUCCGGAAGUGACGUAGGAGUGUCAACAUGCAAGAUGGCGGCCCAUCACCGGCAGAACACGGCUGGGCGGAGGAAAGUGCAGGUGUCCUAUGUUAUUCGAGAUGAAGUGGAGAAGUACAAUCGAAAUGGAGUCAAUGCUCUGCAGCUGGACCCAGCACUAAAUAGACUUUUCACAGCUGGGCGAGACUCCAUCAUAAGAAUAUGGAGUGUCAAUCAGCACAAGCAAGACCCGUACAUAGCAUCUAUGGAACACCAUACUGAUUGGGUAAAUGACAUUGUACUGUGUUGUAAUGGGAAAACAUUAAUAUCUGCUUCUUCUGACACGACAGUGAAAGUAUGGAAUGCACAUAAGGGAUUUUGCAUGUCAACAUUAAGGACACAUAAGGAUUAUGUAAAGGCCUUAGCAUAUGCUAAGGAUAAAGAACUGGUAGCAUCAGCUGGGUUGGACAGACAAAUAUUCCUUUGGGAUGUGAAUACUCUAACAGCAUUGACUGCUUCAAAUAACACUGUCACAACUUCUUCUUUAAGUGGGAACAAAGAUUCUAUUUAUAGCCUGGCCAUGAAUCAACUUGGAACAAUCAUUGUAUCAGGUUCCACUGAGAAGGUUUUAAGGGUAUGGGAUCCAAGAACAUGUGCAAAACUAAUGAAGCUUAAAGGACACACAGACAAUGUGAAAGCUCUGCUGUUAAACAGAGAUGGCACCCAGUGCCUCUCUGGUAGUUCUGAUGGGACAAUUCGCCUUUGGUCCCUUGGCCAGCAGAGAUGUAUAGCAACAUACCGAGUACAUGAUGAAGGGGUUUGGGCCUUGCAAGUCAAUGAUGCCUUCACACAUGUAUAUUCUGGAGGAAGGGACAGGAAGAUUUAUUGUACAGACCUAAGAAACCCUGACAUUCGAGUGCUCAUUUGUGAAGAAAAAGCACCAGUUCUCAAGAUGGAACUGGAUAGAUCAGCUGAUCCUCCCCCUGCAAUCUGGGUUGCAACAACCAAGUCUACAGUAAAUAAAUGGACAUUGAAGGGAAUUCAUAAUUUUAGAACCUCUGGAGAUUAUGACAAUGACUGUACAAGUCCUAUAACUCCCCUUUGUACACAGCCUGACCAGGUUAUUAAAGGGGGUGCUAGUAUUAUUCAGUGUCACAUUCUUAAUGAUAAGAGACAUAUAUUAACCAAAGAUACCAAUAAUAACGUGGCAUACUGGGAUGUAUUGAAGGCAUGUAAAGUUGAAGAUCUGGGCAAAGUGGAUUUUGAAGAUGAAAUUAAGAAAAGAUUUAAAAUGGUGUAUGUGCCAAAUUGGUUCUCAGUAGACUUAAAAACAGGGAUGUUGACGAUUACUCUGGAUGAGAGUGACUGCUUUGCUGCUUGGGUUUCUGCAAAAGAUGCUGGCUUCAGCAGCCCUGACGGGUCAGAUCCAAAAUUGAAUUUAGGAGGACUUUUACUCCAGGCACUCUUAGAAUAUUGGCCUAGAACACACGCAAGUCCAGUGGAUGAAGAAGAAAAUGAAGUAAACCAUGUAAAUGGGGAACAGGAGAACCGAUUACAGAAGGGAAAUGGAUAUUUUCAAGUGCCUCCACACACACCUGUGAUCUUUGGUGAAGCGGGAGGUCGCACACUGUUCAGGCUGCUCUGCCGAGAUUCCGGGGGUGAGACUGAGUCGAUGCUUCUUAAUGAGACAGUGCCACAAUGGGUGAUUGACAUCACUGUGGAUAAAAAUAUGCCCAAAUUCAACAAAAUUCCUUUCUACCUCCAACCUCAUGCAUCUUCAGGAGCUAAAACCUUAAAAAAGGAUAGACUUUCUGCUAGUGACAUGCUCCAGGUCAGAAAAGUAAUGGAACAUGUUUAUGAGAAAAUUAUCAACUUAGAUAAUGAAUCUCAAACCACUAGCUCUUCUAAUAAUGAAAAACCAGGAGAACAGGAAAAAGAAGAGGAUAUUGCUGUGUUGGCAGAAGAAAAAAUUGAACUUUUGUGCCAGGACCAGGUUUUGGAUCCAAAUAUGGACCUUCGAACAGUGAAACACUUCAUAUGGAAGAGUGGUGGUGACCUCACCCUCCAUUACCGCCAGAAGUCCACGUGAAGGGUGGGCCAGUGCUCCUGGGUAUUCAUUUACUACCUUCCUCUGUGGCCCCAAGAGUAGUCCUAGGAAGCCCACUGAGCCCAACGGGAGCAAGACUUCUAACGACCGGUUUGGUAUGGACUGAGAUUCUCUUUCAGUUGAAGUGACUAAUCGAGAUGUAAUAUAGAAACCAGUCUCCAAGUGUAGAUUGAGCUGCCCAGGGGAAGCAGAGUGUGAAGGCAGAAGAGCCCCAGGCACACUCUGUCCUGCAGCUGUACAGAGAAUUGACAGCAGGGCAGUGCAGACUUCCACUUCUUCCUCUCCUUUCAAAAGACCUUAUCUGUGUCUGUUAGCACUUGUUAGAGAACAUGGUUGACCACACCUGUCACUGUGUUUCAACUUCAAACCCACAGCUCUGUAGCUUUUCUAAAAGUACAUUCCAUUCACGCAGUACUUAUGAAGGCUUUUUCCAAGUUUGUCACAAAAAAAGUCAAAUUGUUUUCACCAUUUAAGGUAAUUAUUUUUAAUGGUAAUUUGCUGUUGGACAAUUUGAGAGCCAGCCCAUUUCAUAAUAAAUGAUUACCGUUGGGCUUGUUUUUAAUAUUGCAUCUCAGAUACAUCCUUUAGGAAGCUCUGUGGAGAUUCCAGGUGCUGGGUGACAGCACACAAGACCCUGGGCCAGAGUGUGCAGUCUGUGCUUAGUGACACCGAACCCCAUGAUGCCCUGGCUGUGUGCAGGUCCAGGGAGGUGCAGCCGUUUACUCUGCUCCAGUGUCAUUUUAUUCACAGGCAAAGCCAGCCGAGACCUAUGGAUGGCUUCUUGCUCUGAGUAAGCAGUGUGACACCAUCAAAACUUAAUAACAUGAUGAAAGUUUAAUUUCAUUCAAGUGCUACCUAAAUUAUAUGGUGUCAGAGUAAAGGGAUAGCAGUGAGUUGAUUUGAUAUUCCUAUCCAGAAAGUAUAGCCAUUUGUUUUUCCAGAAUUUUAUAUGCAGGUUUUUGUUUUUACCUGUAUUCAGAUCUUCUUUUCACUGUUCUUUCUAACAAUCUGAAGCGUUCGUAGAUCACUUGGAUCUUGUACAGAAUAUAACUUAUUGGGGAUAAACACUUCAACUUUUGGCAGAAAAUACUUUGGAUUCUUCCCAAGGUCAUUUGUAUUCAGAAUAGAACAAUGGUCCACCCCCAUAAAACUACAGAAGCAAGCCUCCUUGCAUGAAGCCAGAAGCACAAGUGCCUUCUGAGGGCAGUUAUUCCAGACCAGUCUCCCCAGCUUGUGUGUGGCUUGUCCUCACAGCCACAGGGACUGGGGAGGGGGUGGGAAUGGGGAAGGUUUUUGUUUCGUACAACUUCACAGGUUCAGUUAAGGGCAGCUGAUGGGCCCAGGUCCAUACUUUACAAUUUGAGAUCCUCUGAUCAGCACAAUUGCAGAGACGGUUCCCUCACUGCUGGUCAGCUAGCUUUGGAAAGUGACAGGUCAUUGCCUCCUGCACCUUGAAGAAGCAAGCAAAGACAUGGGCACAUUUCCAAGGAGCCGAAAUGGUCUUUCUUCCUUCCUCAGAGAGCUGUCAACCUCUUUUUUUAACAGUCCUUUCUAUCUGUUACAUACAACAGUGCGCUUUUGGUGCACAUUUUUUAGCAAUAGUUGUGAACUAAUGGCAAAAAAAAAAGAAAUACAAAAAUGUCAUUUAGCAGCCCCAAGCUGUGUACACGAAGGGCCUUUGAGCUAAAGGAGUGGGUAAUGCUGGGUCCUCUGCCGUGUGUGCUGAGCCUUGGGUGGCUGUGUCCCUUCCUGUCAUAGCUCUGACCCCAGCAUGGUUGUACUUUUUCCCCUCCAGUCAAACCAAUAAUACAGUUUCCAGAAAAUUUGAUAGUCUGCAAUGCCAAAAGGGUAAAAAUCUGUAUUUCAGUUGUAUAGAAUAAAGAAUUUAGUUAAAAUA